AUGUUUAACAAAAUAAUUUUUUUUAUUUAUUAUUUCAUAAACCCCAUUUGGAGUCGUGCUAAAGAUGAUGAUGACAUCAUCUUGUCUCGCGAUGACCUUAUAAGGAUACAUGGAGAAGGUUUUCAGCAAGGCGAUAUAAACAAUGAUGAGAUAAACAACGAUGAUGUUAUUGAAAAUAAUUCGAUUUCGUUACGUGACCUUUAUGAGGAAUAUUUGGAGGUGCGAGACCGUAACACAGGAUUCAAUGAAUGGGCAACACAUGCGGGGUUAGUUUCCCGAGAUUUACGUUUAGAGUUUAAUGUGUUGGGCUUAAUAAUGGUCGAUGAUUUCACAGACAAUUCAAUUCCUAUAGAUGAAUUCAUAGUACAGAUAUCAUUUCAAGACUUAUUUUCCUUAAUUAGAAUAAUUACUGAGCAUCAUACACAAUACUAUAUAUUUUUUCAAUUAAUAUAUAGAGGUCGGAGAAUAGCUGAAAGUGAAAGAAUGGGUAUUAUUAACUCCGAAGAAGCCAGACAUUCUCGAGUUGAUUGGAAGAUGAAUGUAAUUAUGAUUUUAUCGUAUUAUGACUUAACAGGUGAUACAUACCAAUUUAUACUAGAGAGACUAGAACAUUUAAUUAUGUUAUAA